AAUUAAAAGAAAAAAAAAAUAAAAAAAUCUCAUUCCACACACUCUCUCUCUCUCUCUGUCUCUCCCCUAAAAUGGAACCCAGUGAGAGCCAACUCAGCUCCUACUUCCGCCACCACCACCACCAGAACCCCAUCACCACUACGACCAACGCCGCUGUCUCACCGACCAAUGGGCUCAUGCCACCUGCAGAAGGUGGCGGGCUCCACAUGCUCUACUCUCACCCGUCCUCGGUGCCUUCUUCCGCGGUGACGACGACGACUACCACGACGUCUUCGCCGCUGGAGGGCACGCCCACGGCUAAGAGGAAGCGAGGGAGGCCUAGGAAGUACGGCACUCCGGAACAAGCCCUUGCCGCCAAGAAGGCCGCCGCUCAGCAGCAAACGACGUCGUCUCACUCCCACUCUUCCAAGGACAAGAAGGACGCCACCUCUGCUUCCUCCAAGAAAUCUCAUCUCGUCGCUCCCGGCAAUGCAGGGCAAGGUUUUACGCCACAUAUCAUUACUGUAGCUGCUGGUGAGGAUGUGGGCCAGAAAAUUAUGAUGUUCAUGCAACAAAGCAAGCGUGAACUAUGUAUUUUAUCUGCAUCUGGUUCGAUCUCUAAUGCUUCUCUUCGACAGCCAGCAACUUCUGGAGGCAACAUUGCGUAUGAGGGUCGGUUUGAGAUUAUUUCACUCUCUGGAUCUUAUGUGCGCACUGAGCUUGGAGGGAGGACUGGCGGGUUGAGUGUUUGUCUAUCUAGUACAGAUGGCCAAAUUAUUGGAGGAGGAGUUGGAGGACCACUACGGGCUGCAGGCCCAGUACAGGUUAUUGUUGGUACAUUUCUGUUUGACACCAAGAAGGAUAUCAAUGCGGGGGUAAAAGGUGAUACUUCUGCUAGCAAAAUGCCAUCACCAGUUGGUGGGGCAGCAGUAUCAAGUAUUGGAUUUCGCUCAGCUAUUGACUCUUCUGGAAGAAAUUCAGUCAGGGGAAAUGAUGAGCCCCAAGCUAUUGGAGGAAGUCAUUUCAUGAUUCAGGGCAUGCAGAUGACAACUUCGCGGCCCACAGAUUGGAGGGUUGGUCCUGAUGCUAGAAGUGCUGCUGUUUAUGAAUUAACAGGAAGAACAGGGCACGGAGGACACCAAUCUCCCGAAAACGGGGAUUACGAGUAACUUCCAGAUUAGGGGUUACUUUCGUGGAUGGAAGGCACUGUUUUGAGGUAGAUAGAUGUAUAAUAUUAUGUGUACCCAGCACCUCGUAGCUCUAUCAGCUGAUGCUGUUAUAUAGUAUGCUCCACCUGUCCGAAAAUUGCAUGCUUGUGCACUUCGUAUCAAAUAUUUCUGUCUUCAUUGCUCAA